AUGGCCAAUCAAGCAGCUACACUGAUGGGCACCACGCUCCCCGCCCUGCGCGUUGCAGUAGCGCCUACGCCGGUGUCAGCGCGGGCAGCAGCGUCGCCUGUGCGCGCGGCGCUGAACACCAAAGUGCUGGAGAGCAAGUCGCUGGGCGAGCUGCGACAAUUGGCGAAGGAGCGCGGAAUGCGCGGUGACACCAAGGCGGAACUCGUCAAGCUGCUCGCGUCCAGCUACGCCGCAGCGCCCACGGGUAACGGUGCGGUGGCGGCGAAGGCGGCGGCGACGGUGAACCCGCAGCUGAAGAAGCAGCUGGAGGCCAUGCCCAUGGCGCAGCUGCGCGCGCAGGCGCGUAGCAGGGGCAUCUACGGCGGCAGCAAGGCGGAGAUUGUCGCCGCGCUACUCGCUGCGGGCGCAGCGCCAGCAGGCGCUGCGUCGUCAGCCCCCGCUUACUCCAACGGAGCAGUUGCUUCCGCGCCCGCUGCGGCGGCGCCUGUGGCGGCCGUGCCUUCAUCGUCGGACCUGGCGCGGCAGCUGCAGACGAAGCCGCUCGCGGUGCUGCGCGCACUGGCGCGGCAAAAGGGGCUGCGCGGCAACACCAAGGAGGAGCUCGUCGCCGCCCUCGUCUCUGCCGCCGCACCCGCUGCUGCAUCACCGGCGCCCGUUGCCUCUCCCGCUGCUGCCGCUACCGCUACCUCCGCCCCUUCCUCGCCCGCCGCCUCUCCCGCCGCCGCCGCGCCCGUCACCGUGAACGCUAGCGCGCAGGCGCUGGCACGGCAGCUGCAAACACGGCCGCUGUCGGCGCUGCGCGCCAUGGCGAACGCCAAGGGCAUCUCGGGGGCCGCCGCGCCCAAGGAUCAACUCAUCCGCGCCCUCGUCGCCGCAGCCACGGCGACGGCGGCGAACGUGACGGAGGUGAAGGCCGCCGCAUCCGUGCGCGCGUCGGAGCUGCAGAGCAAGCCGCUGUCGGAGCUGCGCACCAUUGCGCGCGCGCGGGGCAUCCGCGGAGACACCAAGGCGGAGCUCGUUAAGCUGCUCACGGCGGAGGACGUGGUGCUACCGCCGCUGCAGAGCGCGAGCAUGAGCCUGCCCUUCCAGUCCGACCUCCCCGCAGGCGGCACCACCGCCAUCCAACCCCUGCAGGCAGCGUCAUUGGGGGUGCAGUCAGCGGCGGUAAGCGAGGCAAUGGAGCUGCUGCUGGGGCGCGCGGAGGGGGCGGCGGAGGGCAGCGUGGCGGAGCAGGCAGCGUUCCUGCGCAAUGUGCUGGUGGCGGGCAUAGGAGUGGCCGCGCUGCCGCUCAUCCUGCCCAUGCAGAUGUCCUCCACUGUUGUCGCCACCGCUCCCUCUGUCACUGCUCCCCAGGUUGUUGUGCCACCACCUCCUGCCGAGCCUGAACCUGAGGUUCGGGCGCUGUCUGCUGAGGAGUUUUGCGCAUCCCUGCCGUCGUCCCUGCUGUCACCAGAAGCGGCCAAGUUCUGCCAAGCAGUCAAGGACAUUGGCCUCUGA